UAUCCAAUCGACAGAGUCGAAACUUCCACACAAAAUUGUCAACAUUCCCUCGUGAAAAAAGUCGACUAACAAAAAUUGAGCUGGAAAUAAUCAUAUCCCAGUAUAUCCAAUCAAAAUGGUGAAGUCGUCCAACCCCUUAAAUAUCUUUCGUAGCAUCUACAACAACGAGUUCCAAUGGAUGCUGGUUAAGAGCUAUGGGCUGUUUUUCCUGGGAGUGCGUCUGGCCAAGGAGUUUGUGGGUGUGGAGUUGAUGCCGGCGCUGGGACCAGCCUAGUCAUGAAAUCAAAUUUACCUUCUUUAGACAUAAUUAAAGUUAACUAAGUAUAAUACAAGAUGUAUAUACAACUGAAAAA